AUGGUUGGCUAUCUGAACGACGCGGUCAAGAAGCCACAUGGCCUGGCAAAGUUCCUGCGAUCGCUCAGCUUCCAGAUGAGUAUCUUCCUGUGUGGAGCCAUGUACUGUACGAUGUUCUCCAACCUGAACCUGAGCGUGACGAUUUUGGCAAUGGUCAAUACGACCUUCACCGGCUGUCGGUACGUUCCGGGCAUGGUGCUGUCGGCGAUUAGCUGGGGUCGCAUCCUGGCGCCAACGUUGGGUCCGCUGGUGGACAGAAGCGACGCUCGCCUCAUCCUGCCCAUCAGCCUGGUGGUGGCCGCGUUCGCCAGCGCCGCCAUACCGGUCUCGACCAAGGUCGGUCCCGGCUUGGUGAUGUUCCUGCGAAUGCUGAUCGGCGUAGCCGACGCGACCAUCAAUCCGACCACAUCCAAGCUGCUGUCUCAGCAGUUCACCCCGGCGGCCAGAAUCAACGCCCUGUCAUGGACGACAGCCGGGCGCCAGCUGGGCACGUUGACCGUUUACCCCCUGGCUGCUUACAUCUCGGACAACCACGGAGAAGAGAGCGAUAACAACGGUUGGCCGAUGGUGUUCUACAUAUGCGCCGCCGUCUCCAUGUGCUUCGUUUUGCUGUGGAUCGGCUUCACCAUGUGUCGCCGGAAAAAGAUGGACAAGAAGAUUUCUACGUAA